AUGAUGAUGUCGGUGGCUGCGGAAAGUGAUCUCUCUUGCUUUGAUUUUCCAAUCACUCGAGUCCGUUGCCGAUUCAACACUCGCGUCACAUUUAUUUCGUGGUCGGCAUCGACAGACGUCACCAAAGGUCUUUCUCGGCAGCUUUCAUGCCACGAAGCCUUCAUCGGGUCAAUUUGCAUUGUGUUUUUGGCUCCUUGUAGCCAUCGGGCAUCUUUGCGGAAGCUUUCAGCCUGGCGCUUCGGUACAGGCCCCCAUGAAGCUACGUCAUGUCGGCAGAAAUGUGACGGCUACAUUCCGUUCCAUCUUAGGUCUCUCAGAUUCGCUUUGGUCUCUGACGUCCCCCACAUCUUCCUUCGAGUCCAACUUUGUCCUCAAAUCAACCAGAUUUUCUUGAUAUCUCCUUUUCAUGAACGUAGCCGUUGCCAUCUCCUAUCAGAUGGACCAGAAAAGACCGGCGUCUUGAGCGGCGUUACGAAUCGGCCCGAUGCUGUUGACGAUCGCUCGAUCAGCAAGAGGAAGAACGAGACAUGGGACCAAUACGCUGCUGGAAUCCCAAUCCCUGAACACUUCAGUCCUGAGAAGUCGGAAUUAGGACCGUUCUUAUCUUGA